AGGGACUGAAACCCAAGUGAGGAGAUGAAGCAUUACACUGUACUGCACCAGAGAAUACAGAGAGGAUAGACACUGAAGAUAGAUCCUGAUCAUCACCCAAGGAACAACUGCACAACUGUGGGAAGACAUCCAGUCCUUUCAAUCAUUGCUCAACACAGAGAAGGUUGGGCAGUUAAACCUUCGUCUGGAAAUCAGUUGAGUCAGGGGAAUUCUAACAUCUCAUCAGAUCCAAAACUGGUCAAUGGUGAAGAUUUGGCUGUGGGUGAUCAGUCAGGGUGAGGCUGGGAAGAAGUGUGAGUGGCUCCAAAUGUGUUGAGAGCUUCAAUCAUUCAUCGAGCUUCAUGAACCACUAACUCACUCCUCCAGGGAAAUGUCUGCUCAAGUGUGACUUCAUUGGCUCACAGAUCUCAAGGUACAUUUGUCAUAUAACCAUUAGCAGAAAGGUAGCUUCAUGGCGGAGAAACCCUUCAAGUGUAAAAUGUGCAACAAGUCAUUCUCACGCUCAUCCCAAUUCUGCCUGCACCAACGCAGUCACACAGGGGAGAAACCAUUCACGUGUGAAACGUGCAACAAAUCAUUCUCACAGUCAUCGAACCUCCGUGCACACCAACGCAUCCACACAGGGGAGAAACCAUUCACGUGCAAGGUGUGUGACAAAUCGUUCUCACAUUUUUCAAACCUCCGUGACCAUCAACGCAUUCAUACAGAGGAGAAACCAUUCACAUGUGACGUGUGUGAUCGAUCCUUCAAACAGUUAUCGAACCUCCUGGUCCAUCAGACAAUCCACACAGGGGAUAAACCCUUCAAGUGUGAGGUGUGUGAUAAAGCUUUUGCGACGUCUACAAAGCUCCUGUCACAUCAGAGUAAUCACACGGGGGAGAAACCAUUCAAGUGUGAUGUUUGUCAAAUGUCAUUCACCCAAUCCUCCGAUCUCCUGAGACAUCAGAGGAUUCACAGAGGAGAGAAACCCUUUAAAUGUGAGGUGUGCAACCGAGCCUUCACACAGUCAUCAAACCUCCGCACACAUCAGCGUAUUCACACGGGGGAGAAACCGUUCAAGUGUGAGGUGUGCAACAAAUCAUUCUCAUGCUCAUAUGACUUUCGUGUUCACCAACGAAUUCACACCCGGGAGAAGUUAUUCACCUGUGCGGUGUGUGAGAAGUCAUUCUUGCGGUCAUCAACCCUUCGUGAACACCAACGCCUUCACACUGGGGAGAAACCAUUCACGUGUGAGGUGUGUAAUAAGGACUUUGCACAGCAGUCAGGCUUGUUAAAUCAUCGGCGCAUUCACACUGGGAAAAAACCUUUCAAACGUAAAGUAUGUGAUUGAGCCUUUACUCGUGAAACAUUAACACAUCCACACAUCCAAAUCUGAGGUGUGCAAUGCCGGCUUUGGUCAAACAUUAGGCCUGGUGAAUCUCCCAAAGUUCUGCAAAGGAACUAUUCACAUGUGAACUGUGUGACAAAGCCUUCACUAAGUCAUCAAAGCUGAUGGUCUAUCCAAUGUUCUUCACAAGCAGAACCCUACAGGUGUGAGAUUUAAAAUAAAAUCCUCCCAAAGUCUUCAAAACCUCCUUGCAACCAGUGAGUUCAAGCAGAGGAAAAGCCAUUCACACGUCAGCUGUGUUUCUAGGCUUAUGCACAAACCUUAUCAGUGUGUGUUCUGUAUUAAAACCUUCCUAGUAUUGUUGAACCUCCUGGAACAUCAGCAAACAUAGAUCUGAGACAAGCCCUUCCAGCAUGAUAUGUAUUUGGAUUGUUUCAUCAAACCUUGCUGUGUUGUCAUACAGUGUUGUCUCUGCUUGGACCUGCAGCCAGGUCUGUCUCAAACUGCUCCCACCAUCAGACCAAUCAUUUCAACAGGACUAAUUUAACUUUUGACCAGGUCUCCAAACAUUAUCAGAAGAAGACAUCAGUGUGCAUAGAAACGCUUGCACAAACUCAAGUGUUUUUUCAAGUAUGAAUUUUGAGUCCAGAUUUUACCCAAAUCUCUGCUUUCCUAAAGCGACAAUGGGACCAUAGUGGUGGGAAACCAUUUGGGAGACGAUUGGUGCAGUAUUGUAAUCAAAACUUUACACAACUAUUGGACCUCCUGCAGUAUCAAUGAGUAGAGACCGGAGAGAACCCCUUCCAGUGUGUCUGUGUCAGUAUUGUUUCACCCAUUCUUUGUCUCUUACCUCUCCCACCAUCAGGCCAAUUAUUUCAAGAGGACCAAUUUUACUUUUCACCUAAUGGCAAAACAUCAUCGAAAGCAGACAUCAGUGUGUAUAGAAGCUUCAAUAUAAACUCAGCAUUCAUUCAGUGCAGCAUUAGGUACAAGUCACUCACUGAUUCUCAUUCUGACCAAGAAGGCAAUCAGAUACUCCGUGGUUAGAAAGGCUUCAGCCUCAGAUCUAUCAGCACAAGCACCCGUGGGAGGAGCCAUUUCCUGGGGUAGUAAUGGAGGUGCUUCAAUUUGCCUCAGUGUCUCUGAUCUAUGGAGGAGGAGAAUUAGACAGGAAUCCCAUUCCUCAUCAGUGAGCCCAACUGGGAAGUCAGGGGGGAGCGGGAUGUAUCUCGGCUGUGACAGUCUCCAUUUUUUCACAGCGUUCACUGUUUGCCUCUCCACUAGCUGAAUAGUGACUCGACCAGAGCACUAGAGACCAAUCAAUGUCCACAGUCUGUUCUCCAGGCCAGUACCUGGAGGAGGGGAUCAGUUAGCACAGUUGGCUGGAUGGUAAUUUGCAAUGCAGAGUGAUGCCAACAGCAUGGAUUCAAUUCCAACGCUGGCUGAGGUUAUCAUUAAGGGAUAAUCCUUCUUAACAUCUUCCCCUCUCCCAAAGUAUGGUGACCCUCAGGUUAAACCACCACCAGUCCUCUCUCUCUCUCUCUCACUCUCAUGAGAGCCACCCUUUUCCUUUUACCUUGUGGAUUGGAGGGUAUGUGAUGUGACAACAGUUAGCAUUCACAUAGCAUCUUAAUAUACCUAAUUAUCUGACAGUGUUUCAUCGAGAUGCAAUCACACAAAAAUUAACACCAAGACAGAGAAGGGGGAUGACCUUCAAAUACAAUCAAAAAGGUUGAAUUUAAAGAGAAUCCUAAAUUUAGACAGCAAUCCUCCCACUUCCUCCAGACCAAAGGGGUAGCCAUGAGCACCCGUAUGAGCCCAAGCUAUGCCUGUCUCUUUGUUGGCUACGUAGAACAGUCCAUCUUCUGUAGUUACACUGGCACCACUCCCCACCUCUUCCUCCCAAACAUUGAUGACUGCAUCGGCGCCACCUCGUGUUCCCGUGAGGAGGUUGAGCAAUUCAUCAACUUCUCAACACAUUCCACCCCGACCUUGAAUUCAACUGGACCAUCUCUGACACCUCCCUCCCCUUCCUGGACCUCUCCAUCUGCAUUAAUGACGACCAACUUGACACUGACAUUUUUUACAAACCCAUCGACUCCCACAGCUACCUGGAUUACACCUCUUCCCACUCUACCACCUGCAAAAAUGACAUCCUGUAUUUCCAAUUCCUCCGUCUCCCCCGUAUCUGCUCCAAGGAGGACCAGUUCCACCACAGAACACACCAGUUGGCCUCCUUCUUUAGAGACCGCACUUUCCCUUCCUACAUGGUUAAAGAUGCCCUCCAAUGCAUCUCAUCUACAUCCAGUCCCUCCGUCCUCAAACCCCACCCCUCCAACGGUAACAAGGACAGAUGCCCCCUGGUGCUCACCUUCCACCCUACCAACCUUUGCAUAAACAAUAUCAUCCAAUGACAUUUCCGCCACCUCCAAAUGGACCCCACCACUUGGGAUAUAUUUCCCUCCCCACUCAUUUCGGCUUUUCGCAAAGAAUAUUCCCUCCAUGACGAACUGGUCAGGUCCAUGCCUCCCCCCCAACAACCCACCUUCCCUUCCUGGCUCCCUCCCCUGCCACCACAGGAGUUGCAAAACCUGGGCCCUCACGUCCUCCCUCUUCUCCAUCCAAAGCACCAAAGGAGCCUUCCACAUCCAUCAAAGUUUUCCCUGCACAUCCACCAACAUCAUUUAUUGUAUCUGUUGCUCCCGGUGCAGUCUCCUUAACAUUGGGGAGACUGGACACCUCCUAGCAGAGCACUUUAGGGAACAUCUCCAGGACACCCGUACCAAUCAACCACACCACCCCGUGGCCCAACGUUUCAACUCGCCCCCCCGCAACCCUGCCAAGGACAUGCAGGUCCUGGGCCUCCUCCACCCCCGCUCCCUCACCACCUGAUGCCUGGAAGAAGAACGCCUCAUCUUCCGCCUCGGAAAACUUCAACCCCAUGGCAUCAAUGUGGAUUUCACCAGUUUCCUCAUUUCCCCUUCCCCCACAUCACCUCAGCUCCAACCUUCCAGCUCAGCGCCGCCCUCAUGGCCUGUCCUACCAGCCUAUCUUCCUUUCCACCUAUCCACUUCACCUUCCUCUCUGACCUAUCACCUUCACCCCACCCAUAUUCACCUAUUGUACACUAUGCUACUUUCUUCCCACCCCACCCCCCUCUCAUAUACCUCUCCACUCUGAUGAAGGGCUUUUGCCCGAAACAUCGAUUUUCCUGCUCCUCGGAUGCUGCCUGACCUGCGGUGCUUUUCCAGCACCACUCUAAUCUAGUCUCUGGUUCCAGCAACUGCAGUCCUUGUUUUUAACCUAGAGAUAAAUUUAUGCAGAGAGGUUUAAAGAGGGUAUUCUAAAUGUUUCUUAAA